UAUGUAAUAAUCUUUCCACAUGAUUAUUCAAAUGCCCAUAAUGUACCAGCUGUCCCUGGCGCAAGUAGCAUGCAAUAUAAAAAAACGAUUAGUAAACCCUAAACGAGAGACUCUGUGUAUCCUCAAAAACCAAAACACAUCCAGCUCCACACCAGCAUCUCCUCCACCGCGCCGCCAUGUCGUCGUCCUCCUCUUCUCCUCCUCCGCACGUUGUCGAGGACUGCCGCGGCGUCGUGCAGCUCCUGAGCGACGGCACCAUCCGGCGCUCUCCGGACCCCAUCUUUCCUGUAGAUUCUGACCGCGACGACGGCUCCGUCGAGUGGAAGGACGUGCUCUUCGACCCGACCCACAGCCUCUUCCUCCGCCUCUACCGUCCCCGACCUAGUCAUGAACUAUCUGAUUAUGAUAACGAAAAGCUUCCCGUGCUCGUCUACUUCCACGGCGGCGGCUUCUGCAUCGGCUCUCGGACGUGGCCCAACUUCCACGCCGGCUGCCUCCGCCUCGCCGCCGAGCUCGGCGUACUCGUCGUCUCCGCCGACUACCGCCUCGCCCCCGAGCACCGCCUCCCCGCCGCCAUCGACGACGGCGCUACCGCGCUCCUAUGGCUCAAAUCCCAAGCCGAAGCCGAAGCCGGCGCCGGAGCCGACCCCUGGCUCGCCGAAUCCGCCGACUUCAGCCGCGUGUUCGUCUCCGGCGAGUCCGCCGGGGGAAACAUCGCCCACCACAUGGCCGUCCGGUUCGGGCCGGCCGGGCUGAACCCGGUCCGGAUCCGCGGGUUCGUUCUCAUAAUGCCCGGCUUCAGCGGGCCCGACCGGACCCGGUCGGAACUGGAGUGCCCGGCCGACGCGUUCCUCAACCUGGAGCUAUUCGACCGGUACGCCAGGCUCGCGCUGCCGCGCGGCGCGACGAGGGACCACCCACUUUUCAACCCGUUCGGGCCGGAGAGCCCGGGCCUGGGCCCGGUCGAGACCGGCCCGGUUCUCGUGGUGGCGGCCGAGCGGGAUAUCCUGAGGGACCGGGACGUGGAGUACGCUACGAAGAUGAGGGGGCUGGGGAAGCGCGUGGAGCUCGUGGAGUUCGAGGGGCAAGAGCACGCCUUCUUCUCGAGAAUGCCGUGGUCCGAACCGGCCGGGGAGCUGGUCCGGGUCAUUAAGCGGUUCGUGGACGAUCUCAGCAACGAAGAAUCGGUGUGAACCGGGUCAACGAAUCGCUUUUAGCCAUCCUCGUUUUCUAGUGUAAUGGAAUAGCAGCCGAAUAAAUUGAUGGACUUAGUAAUAUUUUUCUUUUUCUUUUUCUUUUUCUUUUUUUUUGGUUGACAAAGCGUUGUUUAGUACGUAA